GCAGGCAGUUAGGCAGUUACAGGCAGUUUUAUGACAGUUUCCAACAGAUGUGUUGGUUAGGAACUGUUGUGUCUAUUUGUAAUGGUUGUGUUGUUUAGUCCUCUAUUUAUAUGUAUGGAAACAUAGUUCUGGACAGCAGUUCCACAAUAAUAAAAACACUGUUUAUAUACUCCAGAUCUGAUUUUUAUUCUCUCAAUUUAUACUUUUUUUUGUAAAUUUUCCAUUCUUGGAUAACAAUAUAAUAAUAAUUAACGUGCAAUGGUGCACUACUUUCUUUGUGCAUGAAAAACAUGAUACUUGCAUGUGACUAAUUAAUCCCAUAAGACCUCAUUGUCACAACAGAGAAGAUAUCAAGGCUGCCAUCAAAUUUGCGACGGACACCCCCUUGUGUUGCAGAUAUUGAUCCAUGACACGAUGGGAGCAAUGGUGACGGGUGGCUUCUGCGUUGAUUCAACGCUCGUUCAAGUUUUCCUGACCAUUGGCAUGUGUCACGACACUGUAGAGAUCUAUGGCUUCUGGCUCUGCACAUAUACCAUAGUUUGUAAGGCGGCAAGGCAAGGUAACGCAAUAAUUCUACUUGAAUAUGCUUCGCCUCCCUGUAUCGCGCCAAGUCGAGAAUGCGUCGUGAUGAGCAAUGAGUCUCCUCCGCCGAGCGCUUCCGUCCGGCCAUUCUCUGAAAGUUUCUGGGUUAAGAAAUCGGCCCUUCGGAACUUCAAACUUUCCUGGCGACUCUCCCGACUGUUCCAUCUCUCCUUCCCUAAUUCAUGGAAUUCAUGUAUUUCACAGCCCAGAUGAAGUAGGAAUCGUGGCAAAGCUUUCGGAUUGCAUUGCGUCUAGGGGCGGCAACAUUCUGAAUGCCGAUGUGUUCGUGCCGGAAGAUAAGCACGUCUUUUACUCAAGAAGUGAAUUUGUGUUUAAUCCUGCUAAAUGGCCACGUGGCCAAAUGGAUGAAGACUUCCUAAAGCUUUCAAAGACGUUCAAUGCAACUACGUCUGUGGUUCGUGUGCCUUCUUUGGAUCCAAAUUACAAGAUUUCUGUUCUUGCAUCAAAGCAGGAUCACUGCCUUGUCGAUCUAUUACAUGGGUGGCAGGAUGGAAGACUUCCGGUUCAGAUAACUUCUGUAAUUAGUAAUCAUGAAAGAAGCCCAAACACCCAUGUGAUUCGAUUUCUUGAAAGGCAUGGGAUUCCAUAUCAUUAUCUGCAGACCAGUAAGGAGAAUAAAAGAGAAAGGGAGAUCUUGGAAUUAGUUCAAGACACGGACUUUAUAGUCCUUGCAAGAUACAUGCAGAUACUGUCGGGAGAUUUCUUGAGAGAUUACGGGAAAGACAUUAUAAACAUUCACCAUGGUCUCCUUCCUUCAUUCAAGGGUGGGAGGCCUUCUUGGCAGGCCUUUGAAGCUGGUGUUAAACUGAUUGGUGCAACAACUCACUUCGUCUCUGAAGAACUUGACGAUGGGCCAAUCAUUGAACAGAUGGUUGAAAGAGUUUCCCACAGAGACAAUUUGCGUAGUUUUGUACAGAAGUCUGAGGAACUUGAGAAGAGGUGCCUUGCGAAAGCAAUAAAGUCGUACUGCGAAUUGCGCGUUUUACCCUACGAAGGAAACAAGACCGUUGUAUUUUGACAUGGGGCAGUAAGAAAUGCUGUGAGUUGCAAGUUCAUGACAAAUACAUUGCUGCAGUGGGGUCCUCAAGUAAGGCUUUACCCCCCCACCCCACCCCACCCACAACCAUCCCUGGUGUUGGGUGUCAAGUUUCAUUUCAUUAUUAUUAUUAUUAUUAUUAUCAUUAGGGAGUUGAAAGAGUUAAAUAAAGCUGUAAAAGAGCAGUUUGGCGUGCUGAAAUGCCUUACUUGAGAUGUUCUCUUUAAGACAAACAUUCCUUAGAAAGCCAAAUAUUUGUGCUGAUAGAAUAGAUGGGUACUCAAUGUGGCCGGUUGGGGCCUGUCUCCUUGUCUUUUGAUGUCCCCGUGUUCAUCCACUUGUGAUCCUGCCCCCAAAUUAGAGCCCCACAUUUGAUCCACAACCCCAAGGGCCCCGCACCUGUGACCCGGUGAAUAUGUGGAGUGAGGUAAAUUAGAACCCAGCAGUCAGUCUCUUA